UUUAAUUGAACUCGGAGUGACACAGUUUGCAUAUUACAACCAAUGGCUUACUACUACCCAACAACUUAUAAAAAAGAUACGCUUCCAAAGGUCACAAAUAAGAAGUUGGUUUCUAGUACACCAUGGAUCGAAAUGUAUAAUUUGACAUAUAUGGACCCGUCUGGAUCUAUCAGAAGCUGGGAUUCCAUAGAGAGGACAGGUAGCUCCAAGCUGUCUGCCAACGGCGUGGAUAUAUUGGCCAUCGUUAGAAACAAUAGCAAAUGCGACACUGAAAAGCCGCUGCUGAUUGAAAAGGACGAUCGAAUUCUGCUUGUCAUUCAAUUCCGUCCGCCGAUGAAUAAGCAUACAUUAGAAUUUCCCGCUGGUCUAUGUGAAGAGAAUGAGUCCAUAGAAGAAACUGCAGUUAGAGAACUCAGAGAAGAAACUGGAUACCAUGGCAAGUUCGUGUCGUGUUCUCCAGGGAUUGUUUUGGAUCCUGGAAUUUCAAACAAUUGUACCGCUUUAGCACAGGUUUUGGUAGAUUUAGACAGUCCAGAAAAUAAGGAUCCAAAGCAAUCUCUGGACAGCGGAGAAUUCAUUCAGGUGGUUUCUGUACCGUUCGAGGAUAUGCUGGAUCACAUAAACGAUAUAUGUUUGGCCAAAAACGCUGUUUGCGAUGCCAAGUUGUAUGCAUUUGCGUUUGCCCGCUCAUUCUGAAAGGCGGUGAGUGCAGUACGAAUUUCGGUUUCCUUGUGUACAAUACUGGAUUUUUAAAAUUCCUGCUUUUAAAGUUAGACACGUUGUACGCCAAUUUUUUUUUUAAAUCCAAAGGGACAGGGUUCGAAUCGCACUGUAUAUAUAUAGGUGGCAAUCGCAGACUGGCUUGUGUGCGCGUCUAUACGUGUUGACCAAAAACAGAUUUUCCGCCCGGCCGCAUUUCUCUCAUGUAUCAGAAAAUUCAGGAUUGGAGUUGAGGAAAGGGUGCGACGCGGGGAGGACCAAACGGCGAAGUCAGAGGAGAAGCGUUUCAGUCCUGCAAGGCAGCCGCAGUUGGGCCCAAACCGAAUUCUAGGAGCAGCAGAGAGACACACGAGCGGAGUCGGUGGAAAGCCGAGACCGAGAGGCUGAAAGUGUAUAUCUGUCCCUCCGUGGUGAUGAUUUGAGCGCAUAUAGACGGUUUAAAAACUUUCUGAAUGGCGGAAGUGGAUGCGAUGACGUCGAGACGCCAUUUGAAGGAGUAGAGUCCUGCGCGAAGUACAGGUUAGGACAAGGGCGCGUGCAUGCGCGAGGGUCGGAUGGUUUCAUACCGGGCAUGCGAAUCCUCUUCUUA